AUGGAUGGGAAAACGAGGCGGAUUCUGCACAGCUUUUAUCCGGAGUUGAAGAUUUUCACCUGGCACGUUAUCCCACUUCAGGUUGCUUUUUCUUAAAUCGAAUUAUCUUAGUUUUUUUCAGAUUGGUUUCCUGCCAUACGACGCGACAUACAUGAGCUUCUUCCUCAUGAGGACGAACAUGAUCCAGGCGCUUCUGACUUUUGGAAAAAGCUUUUGGAUGCUUCAAGCCGACACGAUUUGGCGCCAAAAUCUGUUCGAACGGGUCGACGUCGGCAAGUUCAAAGGCGACAUACUGCUAGACCAGCAGGGCUACCAUGGAACUUCCGAGGCAAGGUUGGUUCAGGAAGAAGUUUUUUUGGGGGGGGGGCGACAUGCUUUUGAAGGUUGCCCUCUAGGGACCACCUUACCUCCCCCAAUAGAGGGCGCUGAGGCUUAAAGAAGUGGCCACUCUAGGGGCUGUAAAUAGUGGUCACUAUAGAGAAAUUUGCUAUUUUUUUAUUUUUUAUGAAUUUUUCAGCUCAUUUGAAUGAAAAAAAUAUCAGCAGGAGAUAAAUUGUUUUUUUUUUUUUGAAUUUGCAGACUUUAAAAAUUUCAAAGACCUCUGCUACGAGCUUAGGAAUCAGACCCCUCUAGGGACCACUUGAAAUUUAGCCACUUGUAACAAGGGCCUUGUUAUCCCUGAAACCCUCUAGGGGCCAGUCUGAGGUUUCUAAGAAUCCUAAUUUCUCUCAAAUUUUCAUAAUAAUUUCCGUUGUAAAGUUAAAAAUCUUAUUCUUCGUGAAACUUUUUUUUGAGUAAUGCCUAUCCUUUUCAUAAAAAUUCUUCAGCUUUUCCUCGGCUUUUUCUUUUUCAAGCAUUUUUCCUGCAGAAAGAAGAUGAUGAACGGCGCCAACUUCUACCUGCCCAACAAGACCUCGACCAAAGAACUCGUGGCGUCAUGGUUGAAAUGGCAACGGAAGAUUUAUAUCACGGACCCAGAUCUCGUCAAAAUGUUCUGCCUUCGGGGCGAUUUCGACUGCGAUUAUCUGCCUCAUUCGUUUGUUGUUUUUUUGUUUUUUGGAGUGACUGGUGUUUGGUGCAACUUUGGAACUUGAGAAAUUGAUGAAAAACUGUGAAGUUUUAUAGAUCUUGAACCAAAAUUUAAAAUUGUGUUAACUCUUAGAGCCACCGAUUUUAAGAAUGCAGGCGCGCGUAAGUCACUUCACGGUCGGACGCGCUUUUCAAUAUCCUUUCUUUUUGCAAGAGAAUUUUUGAAUAAGGAAUUCGAGAAAAAUAUUGCCAUCGUAAAUAAAUAUUUUUUUCUUAAAAUUGUUUCGUGCAACACAAAACUCAGAUAAACUUGAAAAUCUGCCAAUUUUUCUUUUCUUAUAGUUUUAUCUAUCGAUUCGAAGAUAUACAUUUUGAGAAAAAUGAGCUAAGUAUAACUUAACUCAAAAUAUCACUUUUUCCAGAACUUCCUCCGGCUGGGAAUGGAUUUACGGCGACCAGACAUUCCCGCCAAUAAUCAUUCAAAUGGACGGAGAAACUGGCGGCAAUAAGGUUUAUUAUGCUUUCUUUAGUAUUGGAUUUGGAAACCCAUGGUCACGCGCCCGACCAAAAACGACUUGCGCAUCAGAGAAAAUGAGAACAAGAUAAUGAAAACGAUUUGAGUCAUUCCAAAUGCGACCAGAACUUUUUGAGAAUGAAAUAUAAUAUUCCAGGAGAAGAUUCUGACCAAAUACGGGUUCUGGUUUUUGGAUUCGGAGCGAAAAUGCGUGCAGAAAAACGUUGACAAGGCGGUGAAGUCGUUGGAAAAUGGCAAGGUUUGUUGAAUUUUUUUCUCCUUUCAAAAUUCAAAAAAAUUCCGUUGAUUUUUUGAAUUUUUUGCGGUUCCUAGUUCAAAAAAAGCCUGAAGAUCUGAAAUUCCGUUUAGAAACUUUGAAGAAUUUUUUCAGGUCCCGAAAAUCAUCUCGAAAUCGAAGCAACGAGAGACGUUCUAUCUGAAAAUCGGCGAAAUUAUGAACCGAAUACCCAUUUUUUUGGGCAUUAUUCCUCCAUUUAUGGCGGUCUUGCUUCCCUCUAUUUGA